AUGAAUCGCAUCCUUGGGAAAUUCAGUCGGCGAGAUUCCUCCUCUCCCGCCACAUCGGCUCCAGCAACGAGGGAGACGACUCCCGAGCAUGAUGAGGACUCGCCUGAAGCCACACUGCUUCGUGAAUUGAUGCGCCUUGAUCAGAGAACCUUUUGCGAAUCCAACAGCGGUCCAGAGAAUGCUCAAGGAGAAGAAUUCGUUCACCUCCCUCGCAUUGUCGAGAUCGCCGAGUCUAGCCCCUCCGCCGCAAAGGAAGCUGCCUACCGCAUUCGCAAAUACCUCUCCUCUCCAAGCAACACCUCGAAUCAUGCCCAGUACAAUGCGAUUAUGGUCAUGCGCAUCCUGGUGGACAACCCUGGUCAUACCUUCACUCGGAAUCUCGACACCAAGUUCGUCAAUGUCAUCAAGGAUCUCCUGCGCUAUGGUCGCGACUGGCACGUCCAGCACUAUUUGCGCCAGUACCUGAACACCCUCGAGAGUACCAAGCACGACGAUAUCGACCUCCAGCCCCUUCUACAGAUGUGGGCCAAGGAGAAAACCAAGGGCGAACGGUCCUUUACUAGUCGUUUCCCCCAAGCCGCGGCAGGACAAAUGAACCAGUCUGCGCCGUAUCCGCCGCCUCGCCCAGGUGGCUAUGUUCAGGCACCACCGGUACCGGUGUCAACUCUGCCUGAUCCAGGGGAGCUAGCAGCGCGUGUGGAGGAGGCGAGAAACUCCGCGAAGUUGCUUAAGCAGUUCGUGCAGUUGACGCCUUUGACAGAAAUGGAAGAAAACGAGCUUAUCAAAGAAUUUACCGAUCGCUGCCGCACAUCUUCACGACUCAUUCAAUCAUAUAUCCAUUCUACAACACCCGCGCCAGACGAGGCGACUCUCCUUACUUUGAUCGACUGUAAUGAUGAGCUCUCCGUCGCGCUUUCACAGCAGCAGCGAGCUAUGCUACGUGCUCGUCAGGCCAAGGGUACAUCAAGCCCAAUGGCAAACACUGGGGAUGGUAACGGUUCCGUAUCGCCUGCUGGUGAAAUCGUUGCGUCUGGUGCGCGCUCAGGGAACUUGAUUGAUCUGGAUGGCCCAGCUAUGACGGGUGGGCGUAUUACGAAUGUUAGAGAGGAUCCACUUAAUCACUAUGAGUAUCAUGCGGCGGAUUUUGAGGUGCAGAAUCCCUUUGCGGAUAAUUUUGCUACGCAAGAUUCGGGUGCAGCGCAGCAUGCGCAGAAUUCCGCCCAGGAUGGGCGUACAGUGCAUUUCAACUCUACGGAGCAUGCGUAA